CGUUUUGGUCCGAGAGCUGAACUUUGAGGUCAAGUCCGGGAUGAAUGUCCUUGUCUGCGGCCCAAAUGGCUGUGGCAAGUCAUCCCUGUUCAGAAUUCUGGGAGAGCUCUGGCCAGUAUUUGGAGGUACAGUAACCAAACCAAGUGCAGGUAAGCUGUUCUACAUCCCACAACGACCUUACAUGACUUUGGGUACUCUCCGGGAUCAGGUUAUAUACCCUGACUCACAUGGUGACAUGAUUGCACGAGGAAUCACGCAUGACACUCUUCGAGAGCUCCUACAUCAGGUACAGCUAACUCACAUCCUUGACCGUGAAGGAGGUUGGGAUGCCGUCGCAGAUUGGAUGGAUGUCUUGUCAGGUGGAGAAAAGCAGAGGAUUGCAAUGGCCCGUCUCUUUUACCACAAGCCCCAGUUUGCUAUCCUAGAUGAAUGCACAAGUGCAGUGAGUGUAGAUGUUGAAGAUGCCAUGUACCAGUACUGCAGCAAAGUGGGAAUCACUCUCUUCACAGUUUCUCACCGCAAAAGCUUGUGGAAGCAUCAUGAGUACUACUUGCACAUGGACGGGCGUGGCUCCUUCGAGUACAAGCGCAUAGAAUCAGACACACAAGAAUUUGGAUCUUGAGGACUGCCAACUAAAGUUAGCUGGAGGGUGAUGGAGAAAGCAAGAGGAGGUUGACCAGCCACUGAAUUAUAGUUUUGUAGCUAACAGCCAUUUGUGGAUGCUCUGAUGGUGGUAAUGAGAAAGUAAUAAGAGUGAGCCAAUCCCUGAAAACUGAAUUAUUAUUAUGUAAACAAGUUGUGCCAGGAAGCAUUCAUUCUAGAAUAGAAUAUAAAUUCUAUUUUCAUCUUGAAAUUUGUUAAUAUUUCCUAAUGGGAAUGUCUGUAAUUGAUUUUUCUUAUCACUAUUUUUUUAUGCCUUAUAUUUAAGCUUUGAAUUCAGGUUGCUUAUAUAUACUAUAUUUCUUUCUAUUGAAUCCUUUAUGUUGUGACAGUUGUAGAUGCUGACACAAAAAAUAUUUAACAGUUGUAUAGAAGAUGUACAUGUUCUAAACUCCCAAGAACUAGAUCAUAAAGGGAUUGAAGAAUAAUAGUUCCAGUGAUAUUUGUUAUAGUUCAGAGUCAUAGAUGAAGGUUUCCCAAUAAUGACCAUGAAUUACCACAUACUGCAUUGCAGCAAUAUUUACACUACUAAAAUGCUUUAGGUUAGUGACAAAAAGGUAGGAACACUGAGAAAAUGCAGAUGAUCAGUCUGAGAGGAUAAUAUUUGAGGUUAAAGCUACCCAUUUUAGGGCAAUCACAUAUAUCCUUGACAUACACUGAGUGGUAGGCUUAGCCACUGCACUAUGUGCUCUCCCAUAAAAGGACAUAUUUCAUAAUGGAUCCAGAUGAUGACUAGCUCUAACAGAGAAAAGUGAAUUUGUAAAGAUAGAAAGUCUUUGGGCCAACAAGCCCUCUAAGCUGGUACUCCUGGCACAAAUCCAGCCUUUACCUGACUGAGACAAUUAGGAAGUUUGAAACUCUGGUUAUUGCAUUGAUGACAAAUAGAUGUCAUCGGAUUCAAGAGGUUAAGCACAACCAAGUUCCCAUCAGCUAGAUACUCAAGGGGAUAUCCAGGAAUUUUGUUUAUGCUAUAGUCUUGCCAGAGUAUAGUGUUAUUAGUUUUUGCUUUCAUGCAGAUGUUUGUGUGCAUGAAAGAAAUGAUUAUGGUCAGUUUGAUUAUAAUAAUUGUAUAUCUUUUGUUUGGCCUAUUUACAUAUUUAUUCAUUGAUUCAUAUCAGAGGAAAAUUGUAUUUUUGAAAUUAUUUUAUUAGUUUAACUUCUCUGCACUAGAAAAUUAUUUUAGAUUUUUGUUUUUUCUCUUCCCUCUUAUCUGUGAUAUAUAUUUUUUUCAAGUGAUUUGGAUUACUUGCAAAUAUUGACAAUAGUAAAUAGAUAAAUGAAUAAGAAUAGGAAAAUAAUGACCUAUUGUUAUAAAGAUUGGGUUGAUGAAAACUGGCAGAGUCCUAAGUUUUGUAAUUCAUUGAAAAAAUGUGCAACAAUUGAAGAGUAACCAUUUUCAAGCAACACUAGCUCUUUGAUUCUUUGGAAUAUUUGGCAUCAUGAUCAGUAUUUGUGAGUUAUUAUCUCAAUUAGGGAUUAUGUAAUGACAGUGGUUAUAAAAGAUGAUGUAUAAGUAUUAACAAUAUUAAAGCUUUAGAGAGUAUUGA